GCAGUUUGUUGAUGAUCCCUAACUAGUUACGUUGACUGCAUCAGGCUGCCUUUAAUUAUGAAACUAGUUGGAAUCGGACAAAUAAGACCUGUGUAACGCUGUACACUUUUUACAGCCAUAAAGAGCCUAAUUUAAGCUUUCUUCAGAGAGACCCUCAUCAGCCCCUCAUAACCAUGACAAAGAAGAAUUUGAUGAAGAUAUUUCUUGGUUUGACUCUGUUCACCAUGGGAUGUAUCAUUAUUAUUACUCAGAAAUGGUCUGUAGAGCAAUUGUUUAGGAGGAAGGACUGGGAAAUGGACACCUGCUUUCCAAAUUUGAGCACUGACCCCUUCAUCCCGAUCCAAGGGUCCAAAACAUUUGUGCUGAAUGCUUUCUUUGAGCACCGGACCCAUAACAUGAGCCUUCGUCUCAUCUCUAUCGUGUGGCGACCAGAAAAGACCAUCCAUCACUGCUUACUAUGCUGCCAAGACCGUCUGUUCACCUCUUUGGCCAAGCGGACUAUCCACAAUUCCCACUUCGGGUUCCCUUACGGCACGGGGGACUUCCUGUGUGACAUCCCGGAGGACUGUGAGCCCACACACGCUGGCUUGGUGUCUGAGGACUUUGAUCCUGAGCACGUCACCUUUGUCCCAAUCUUGAACAGGGUACCAAGGGAGUCCAGCUUUCCUGUCAACUUCACUGUGUGCCUCUCUACCAUGUUCGGGGGGUACAACAACGUGCUGCAAUUUGUGCAGGCCAUGGAGAUGUAUCGCCUGCUGGGGGCCCAGAGGGUGGUGGUCUAUAAGACCACCUGCAGCCGUGACAUGGAGGAGGUACUGUAUUACUAUAAAGAUGAAGUUGGUCUGGUGGAAGUAGUUCCCUGGCCAAUUGACACCCACAUCAAGGUGUCCUCCAGCUGGCUUGCCAUCAAGUCGCCCGGUGACCUGCACUACUAUGGCCAGAUCCCUGCGCUCAACGACUGUCUGUACAGGAACAUGUACCAGACUAAGUAUCUCCUCCUCCAUGACCCUGAUGAGAUCAUCCUCCCCGUGGACAACAACACCUGGGGGGAGCUCCUGAGCACUUUGGAGAUCAAAUACGGCAACAAGGCCAACUUCUACUUUGAAAACAAUGUUUUCCCAAUCGAGAAGACUGACAAAAGCAGCAGAUUCAACUUGUCAGAGUGGGCCACCAUUCCUGGCAUUAACUUCCUUCUGCAUGUCCUGCGAGAACCCAUUCUCAAAUCCCACUACAAAACGGGGAAGCUGAUCAUCAACCCCAGGACUGUGUUUGAGAUCUCAGUGCAUGGCGUGAAGAGGCAGAACAGCCGGACAGUAGAAGUGUCUUCCCAUCUCGGCAGGCUAUAUCAUAUCCGCCGGCGGAAGAACACCAAGCUUAAAAGCAGAGACUUUGUCAGGGAUGAGGGACUAUUGAGGUUCGCCCCACAAAUGAUCAGAAAGGAAACUGUCUCCAGACUACUGAUGAAGAGAUUACAGAAUGUGCGGACCCCUCAAAAGACCAAGGGCAGAAAGCCCAAGGAUGCUGAAUGGGAGAAGAGAAGGCGCCUCGAGUUUGGAUCUGGACUGAUGACUAUCACUGCAGUUCUAGUGGCUCCACGGUGUUUCUUGACAAGUCCCAAUUUAGAUCCAGCACCCCAGAGAGUGAAGAGCAGGUUGAUGGUAAAUGAAGCAUGGUUAGUGUUUGAGGUGCUGGCCGCUCGCUUCUCCUCCUGCACAUGCUCAGACAUGGUCUGGCAGAAGGUGCGCUGGAAGCUGCUGGAGACUGUCCCAGAGUGCUGGCUGGAGUGUGUUCUCACUAGGCUGGUGUGGACUGUCAACAGCCUGACAGAGGUCCAGGAUCAUGGGGAACCUGGUGUUGAAGGACAGAAAGUCCACUUAAAAAGCUGUUAUAGUUAGUCUUCAACUUCAGACUUGUUUUGAGGAUUCUUCUGGGCUACCCGACUCAGGACAGGGAGAGGCCACUACUUAUACACGUGCUGCGGUUGCUGUGCCAGGCCUGAGCCAACCCCCUCUGGAGCAGCAGCUCUAUGUGAGCCGGACACUGCUGCUGUGUGUGACUGUGUUUACCACAGACCUUAUUUUCAGUGUUUAUCCAAAAACCCUACAAGAACGCCAUUAAUUUCCCCAUAACCUUGUCCAACGAACCAUGGUGGAGCUAGUGCCUACAAAAAGACGCCAUUUCUAUUUCUCUCUACAGCAGUGCUGUAUUAACUAGGCUCUAUGUCCCUGUCCUGUGUUUGUAUGAACCAGUGAUGAUUCGCUCACCCCCUACUGACCAGGAGAUGAGAUAAGCCGCCCCGCCUUGCUACCUCCGAGACAGUCUUGGAGAGUAAGAUACAGUACAUUCGGAAAGUAUUCAGACCCCUUCCCCAUUUCGUUAUAGCCUUAUUCUAAAAUGGAUUAAAUGAAACAUUGGACUCUGCAAGGUGUUGAAAGUGUUCCACAGGGAUGCUGGCCCAUGUUGACUCCAAUGCUUCCCACAGUUGUGAAGUUGUUUGGCUGGCCUUUGGGUGAUGUAUCUUUCUUGAUACACACAGGAAACGGUUGAGUGCAGGGUACUUGAAUUAAAAUGAGCAGAACAGAACAUGAUCAAAUAUGUUAUUUCCUUACGUGUUUUCCUUUCACCACAAUGGCACUCAGCCAGGCAGGUACAGAAUUGAUUGAUUAAGCGCCGCCAAACAUCACAUCGAUAGCUAAAAGGCCGGGCAAAUGUAGAUGUAUUCCUGCCUGGCAGGAUACUGAUGUUAAUGAAUGGGUUUUACCAGACAACCAGGGAUGUAGAGGAGUGUUAACGCCGUUUUACGCACAUUUUUACUCGUGAAAUAGCGUUUACUCACCUUUUUAAAAUGUAUUUUUGUAUUAUAGUUUACCCACUUAUUAUUACGUUCCCAGCAUUGAUGAAUGCUCAGAAGGAUUGUUGAUCAGAGUUCUAACCUCAGCAGGAGCAGUUGACUGAAAUGAAGAUGGCUAUCAUCAAAAGAUGGGCUAAUACAAUUUCUCUAAACAAAAUACAUUUUAUUUACAGAGGGUAGUGAGACAGACAAGCGGUAAGUCAGGCUGCAAUGAAGGAGGCAAAGAGAGGAAGCAUUGAAGCAAGCAGGGACGGAGGACAGUAUUACAGUUGUACCCAAACUUGGGGUCCCCAAAAUUUUAAAUAGGGUCCCCCUGAGAGUUCUUAAUCUUAUUAAACACAUUAAUAACUUGUGUCUCUUCAAAUGGGUAUAGAAUGCAACAUUUUAGAGUCAACUAAAGGAAGGGCAUUUUACACGGUCAGAAUUCAUGUCAUUGUGUUGGGACAGCUUGUGGGACCCAACAUGUUGACUUAUAAAGAAUUUAAAUAUUAUUAUCAUGUACACUGAACAAAAAUAAAAAUGCAACAUGCAAACAUGUCAAGGAUUAUACUGGGUUAGUUCAUAUGAGAAAAUCAGUCAACAUCAUCAGUACUGACUUACCACUCUUGUGUAGUAAAAAUAAGUAGUGAAACGUAUUAUUGAGUAGAACUUGUAAGGUAGUGAUGAAUAGUACGUAUUGUUUUUCAUGUGGUUGAUAUACUGCAAUCUGUUGGCGACGAAAAACAUUUGCAUAAUAGGAACUAUUACAAAUUGAUGAUCCUUGAAAAUAAAUAUUAGUGCUUAAGACUGCAGCAUUGCAAUUCUUGACACAAACCGGUGCGCCUGGCACCUACCAUACCCCGUUCAAAGGCACUCUAAUCUUUUGCCUUGGCCAUUCACCCUCUGAAUGGCACACAUACACAAUCCAUGUCUCAAGGAUUUAACAUCAAUAAGGGAUCAUAACGUUCACCUGGUCAGUCUGUCGUGGUGUCCACAACGUUUUGUACACAUAUACCAUGCACAGUUUUGACAAGGUGGACGAUACGUACUGAAUUUAUACUGUUUUUCAUACUAAGAUGUGUUGCUUUUUCACAUAUUUGUUCAUUGGUUUUGCAAGAGUUGGUUGAUGGGUCAGUUGGUUUUUGAGUAGGUUGAUGCCAUUGAUUAAGAAUAGGAUGCAAAGUCCACCCCAAAAUAUAAGCUUGUUUUAACGCCAUUGUUUGUAAACUAAUAUAAUUGUACAAAUACAUUGUUGGUUGCAUAAAUAAUGACUAAAUGUUACAUGAAAUGUAAUUAAGAAAUAUGUAAUUAAGAAAUAUUUAAACCGAAUGAAAACCCCUUUGUUUAAUAUGUAUUGGCAAUAAUUCACUUAAGGGUGAGGCAUAGAAUAAUACAUGUCUUUUCUCACACUGGAUGUUUGAAAUAUGAGCAGGUGAUUUUAGUCAUACUUCUUUAGUAGUGGAAUAAAGACCAUUAGCAC